GUACUAGUAUUUCAAUAAAACUUUGUUGAAUGGUGUACAUCUGGUGAGAUAAGUGAGGAUACACUUAUUAAAUAUUUAUGUAAUGCAUGUCAUGUACAGCAUGUGAUAUAUUUGUGGCUGUGAAACUCGGAAACUGAACCGAUGUCACUCGAUUCACCUAUUUAUCCAGGCAUUGUUACUGGACCAGUGAUAUCUCCUGUUAAAAUCUUACCUGGUACAAUACCAUCUUCUCCUCGGCCAAUCAUUUUAAUUAGAAAAAGACCGACCAAUGAUCAACAAACCCAUCCUGGUUUACCAGAUACAUCAAACUCAGAUACAACACCUAUAAAGAAACCUCGUAAACAACUCUUAGAACCUUUUCAUUUGACAACAUCUCACAGCAUUAAAUUACUCUCAGCCAGUGACACCAAUGAAGAUACAACAACAACAAGUGGUACAAGUAAUAUUAACAGUACCAUCCCCACCUCUAAUAAUAUCAAUAAAGACGCUGCACCUGGAGGUGUGAUCACCAUUCACAAGAAACCUCGUCCAUCCAUCCUUAACUCAUAUAAUGUACCUUGGAAAUCAUUGCAAUAUCAUUUUCUAAGAUAUUCAGAUGUGAAACAAAAACCCGACAAAAAGACAACUCUUAGUGAACUAUCCAAUGAAGGUUUACAAAGGAAGAAUGGUUGGAAAGUACAACAUCUUGUUACUCAUAUUGAAGACGCAGAUGAAGAAGAGGCUCAACUUUAUAGCCGUUUAAGAACAUUUUCAGACUGUUUCGAUAAAAGUGAUCAUAGCAAAAUUAAUAUGUUGGGUCAAAGUUUUUUAAACUCACAGCGAAAUUUCAUCGACUCUCAUUUACAACUGUUUGACAAGUUAUCGGAUCUAAUACGUGGUAACCUGCAACGAAGUAAACUUUUUCAAGAUCAAAUCAAUGUAGGAAAAAAUCUUUUACUCAAGUUGAAUCAUUAAUAUCAAAUCAUAUUGAGAUUUAACGGAAUCACAGCUGGCUUUAGUAAAAAAUGCUGAUCUUAAGUUACGAUCAAUCAUUGAUUAUUUUAUUUAUAUUCAAAUCCUGUUGCCAUCAUUAAAUCCAUUUGCACUAUUGGAAAGUUCAACAAUAAACCAGGUUUUGUUUUGAAUGUGAUGCCAAGAACCAAGUUUAUGAUGUGCUAUCAACAAAAAUCCGAAUGGACAUUAUUUAGAUCGUCGCUUUUCUCUGAACCAAUAAAACGUAAAAUAUUUUCAUGUUCAAUUUGCGUUGUCUUAUAAACAAGCUGUUCAAUUAUCCAUGAUGACUUCUCAUGCGAUGGAAAACUUCAACGAAACUUUUAUCUCGGCGAGUUUUUGGACAAAAUCAAUUUUGACAUUCAAAAUUUGACGGCAUUCCAGAAUUUUAAAAUUAUGAUCAUGUAUUUUUGAUUAAGAUUCAUUUAAUGUCGAACUUUCAUUUUUGGCUUUUUUGAUCUGGAUAAAUCUGACAAAACAUGCUGAA